GCGGCUCAAGGUAUCGGAAAUUUAUUCACUCGCAAAAUGGCUGCCUCGGUAAAUGCAUCGUCGUCGUGCUCAUGGCCAAAUAGUCAAGAUGAGUACGAAUUACGGGACGUUAUUGGGGUAGGAGCAACUGCAGUGGUAUAUGGCGCCUUUUGCAUGCCAAGGAAUGAAAAAUGUGCUAUUAAAAGAAUCAACUUGGAGAAAUGGAACACCUCUAUGGAAGAGCUGUUAAAGGAAAUUCAGGCUAUGUCAAGUUGCAAUCAUGAGAAUGUUGUCACUUACUACACCAGUUUUGUAGUUCAAGAUGAAUUGUGGCUGGUUAUGAGGCUGCUUGAAGGUGGAAGUCUGUUAGAUGUGAUAAAACAUAAGAUGAAGGUGGCAAAUUGUAAACAUGGUGUGUUUGACGAGGCAACCAUUGCUACCGUGCUAAAAGAAGUCCUAAAGGGGCUAGAAUAUUUUCACAACAAUGGACAGAUACACAGGGACAUAAAGGCUGGCAAUAUACUGCUAGGUGAGGACGGAUCUGUUCAAAUAGCUGAUUUUGGCGUUUCAGCGUGGCUAGCUACGGGAAGGGACAUGUCUAGGCAGAAAGUCAGACACACUUUUGUUGGGACACCUUGCUGGAUGGCCCCAGAGGUUAUGGAACAGGAUCACGGCUACGAUUUCAAAGCCGACAUUUGGUCCUUCGGGAUCACAGCGAUAGAAAUGGCCACCGGCACGGCGCCAUAUCAUAAGUAUCCGCCAAUGAAAGUGCUUAUGCUUACUUUGCAGAACGACCCUCCCAAUCUAGAUACAGGUGCUGAUGAAAAAGAUCAGUAUAAAGCUUAUGGGAAAACCUUUAGAAAAAUGAUAGUAGACUGCUUACAAAAAGAUCUUACUAAAAGGCCAACUGCCACUGAACUAUUAAAGCACCCUUUCUUCAAAAAGGCGAAGGACCGAAAGUAUUUAACGCAAACUCUAGUCGCUAUAGGACCUAGCAUGGAGGCUAGGGUGCAUAAGGCAAGUAAGAGGCGGCCUGGGACAUCGGGUCGGCUGCAUCGCACCGUGACUGGGGAGUGGGUGUGGAGCGAGGAAGAAGAGGAAGGCGGCGUGAAUCGUUUGACCUUCGAAGACGAGACCCUACGCGAAGAAGACGAUCGCCCCAUGAACCACCUCCAACGAGCCGAUUCUAGCGGCAGCGAGGGUGAAGAUAUGGGUGGGGCGGAUUCAGAUGAUAAUAAACCGAAACCUAAGAAAUCUGACGUAAUUAAUCUUGUACUACGAUUAAGAACUCUGCUACACUUGCUAACGAAGAAUUCGACGACAAAUCACUAAUAGGGUUCGCACAGAUAUCAAUCAUCGAUUAAAGUACAUGAAUCGACUGAGAGGCAAGUAGUACGGCUGAAACGAAUUUGUAGUACCACUACGGCAGCUGACCAGCGCGUGCUUAUAUCGGGAAUUGUAUUGGUGCUAACAGGUCUGAUCUAGGUAUGGACUUUAGGUAAUGUUUUGUUUUAUUUUACUUAUCUCACCAUUUCAAUGUCAUUGGCUAUUAAAUGCACGCACUGAGCCAAAGAUCUUUAGUCGUUUUAUAAAAGCUAUGGUAAUUUCUAAGUGUAUAAUUUUUUUUAUGAAUUUGUUAAAUAUUUUGACUACGCUUUCAAACCUUUCGAAUUUACGACAUUAUUUAAAUAUUUUAUUAA